UGGGCUGAGCGAUCAGGAGCAGUCACACAGCCCGUUUCCUGUUUUCAAAUAGGGAACUUGGCAAAGCGGCAGCCUCUCCACCACUUGCUUGAACUUGGAACAGAGAGACAAAAGGGACAUGUGACCAUCUCCUGGAUCCCCAGAACGCACAGGGACUAAAGACUUCAGCCUAGGAUCAUGGCAAGAGCUGAGCAUCCUGGGAGCCCUGGCUCGCCGACCCAGUGUGCAGCAAGGACCAAACGGGAAGUACCUGCCAUGGGCCCAGACCUCCCACAUCCAGGACCAGAAGGACACCUAGAUGGCCCCAGUGGCGCGAGCUCCAACUCUAACAUGACCACGCGGGAGCUGCAGGAGUACUGGCGAGGCGAGAAGGGCCACUGGAAGCCCAUCAAGCUGCUCUUUGAGAUUGCUUCGGCUCGCAUCGAGCAGAGGAGGAUCUCCAAGUUUGUGAUGUACCAGAUCGUGGUCAUCCAGACAGGCAGCUUUGACAGCAACAAAGCUGUCCUGGAACGGCGCUACUCGGACUUUGAGAAGCUGCAGAAAAGCCUGCUGAAAAUUUACCGGGAGGAGAUCGAGGACGUGGUCUUCCCCGGGAAGCGCCUGACCGGGAACUUCACGGAGGAGAUGAUCGGCGAGCGCAGGCUGGCGCUCCGGGAGUACCUGCGGCUGCUCUAUGCCAUCCGCGCCGUGCGCCGCUCGCGCGAGCUCCUGGACUUCCUUACAGGCCCCGAGCUGCGCGAGGCCUUCGGCUGCCUGCGCGCCGGCCAGUACGCGCGCGCCCUGGACACGCUGCUCCGCGUGGUGCCGCUGCUGGAGCGGCUCACGGCGCACAGCCCCGCCACCCUGGUCCCCGCGCUCUGCGCCAUCCUCGUGUGCUACCGCGACCUGGAGCGGCCUGCCGAAGCCUUCGCGGCCGGCGAGAGGGCCCUGCGGUGUCUGCAUGCUCGGGAGAGCCACCGCUACUACGUCCCGCUGCUGGAGGCCAUGGUGCGCCUGGCCUACUCGCUAGGCAAGGACUUCGCGACGCUGCAGGGGAGGCUGGAGGAGAGCCAGCUCCGCUGGCCCAGCCACCGGGGCUUCUCGCUCAAGGAGCUCACCGUGCAGGAAUACCUAUCCUCCUGAGGGCUGGUCACCAUUGCGGUGGGCUGUUUGGGGCUUGGUUUAAGGAGAGGGGAACAUUGGGUGAUUUUGGAUCGCCCCUGCUCUGAUCUGCCAUUGAACAGAGGGCCUGCCUGUAUGUCAUGCGCCCUGGGGGGCAGCUCAGUUUAUCUCAAAACCACAAGCCCCAUGGUGACAAUUCUGGAGAGUAAUGAGUACCUUUCUGGGGUUUUACAGAGAGUGGCAGGAGAAGUUUACAUCCAAAUCAAGAUGUAGCUCAAUCCGUGUCCCGGAAAAGCAUGUCUCCAGCCAUGCCGGGUCUUUCCUCUGCUCUUAUUAUUUCAGUUUUGCUUAUAAGUAGUUUCACCCAGUUAGUGUGGUAGUGCAUGCCCGUAAUCGUACCACUCUGGGAGGCUGAGGCAGGAGGAUCAUGAAUUUCAGGCCAGCGUGGGCUACACCGUGAGACCCAUUGCAAUAAAUAAAUAAUUCCAUUCAUUAUCCUAAUACUCUAGUACUUCCCUCUUAGCAUAUAAACAGACUCCAUUUAGCAAAUCAAGAGCUCACCUAUUAACCUCAAAUCUCCCAGGUGGAGGCCAUGUGUUAUCCUUUGAAGGAAGGAGGACAGAAAGCAACAGUGCCAUAGGGUUCUCCAACAGUUGUCUUUAGCCAGGGGAGUGGAUCGUGAUAUCCUGGCUAGGGUUCGGUGACACAGAGCCCAGGGAUGCACUUUUACUCACGAGACAGCUGGCUCCUUGCAUGGUUUUCCUGGAGGGAAGAGGAUUGAGAUCUUCCAUGAGAUUCAGUCCUCAAAGACUCUCCUCCUUUUGAGGGCUGUAUUCCUUUUACCUCUCUGAUGGGUUGGGUCCACCGUGAAAAAGAAUGCAGCACCAACCCCAGCAGGAAGAGGACUCUAGACAAGCGGGCUGUGUCAAUGCUGCAGGCCAUUUUGGGCCCAUUGUGUGUUUGAGGCUGGAAGCCCCUGAAAACCUAAAGCACCUGACUGAGCUCCUCGGGGUAUAACUUGGAAAUGGGAAUGUGGGGCUCUACUUUUGUCUGUGCGGUAGUCUAGUCCAGGGAGAAAGCCGAGGUAGCAGUGUGGAAAGCGUUUAGAAAACUGUACUGGAAUCUGUUCAACAAUGACACUGUGUGGUGACCUCCUGGAGGAGGACCCCAGUUUCAAUUUACUCCUAGAAAAGGAUCCUUAAAGUGGGAGAGACUAGAUUGCUUGAAAACCUGAGAUCGUGGAAAAUUAUGUUGUACCAUGGAAAAAUAAAAGCUGUAAGUCCAUUUGUGAUGGUGAAACAUUAUUUCAUCAUAUCUAAAAUGUUGUCAAAUGUGAAGUGCACCAAAUAUUUCCUGAGAAGAAAAAAAUUCCCAACAUGGGGAGUUUGAUAAGAAAUUCUAGCCAAAAGCUGGAAGACCAAAGAGUCAGACAGUGUAACAGAAUAAACCUGCUGCUAUGACAAA